GUUACGGCAGCAUUGCCCCCAAAACAGCACUAGGCAAAGCUGUAACUAUGGGCUACGCUAUGUUAGGUAUUCCCCUUACUCUACUAUACCUAUCAAGCGUCGGCUCUAUUCUAAGUAGGGUAGCAAGAGGAGUGUUCUCAAGAGCUCUUUGCUGCUGCCUUUGCUCUAAUUGUGGAUAUUGUUGCUACGACGAAAAACGGAUGGCAGAGAAGGAACGAAGAAUGAAGCGAAAGAGGCAACAGGUAAUCGAACUGGAGUUGCAACAGCAAUUAGGUCUGCAAGAGCCAUUCUACGUGCGUUCCAAUUCAAGUUACAGCAACAACAUCCACUCACCCUGUAGAGAUAGUGCUGGCAAAGAAAUUGACAGUCUAAGUGGUACUGACAACGAAUCGAAGAGCUCUAUUCAUGGAUGGAGUAUCCUCGCUCCCAUCCUACUGUGCCUAGUUAUGAUGUUCAUAUACAUUUGCAUAGGCACUUUUGUAUUGUAUAAGUUAGAAAACUGGUCCCUUCUAGAUGGGUUCUACUUUUGCUUUAUGAGCCUAACAACUAUAGGAUUUGGAAAUAUGGUCCCGGGCUCUGACCCAUUUCCAGACUACGAUUCUAGUACCACGCUGUGGUUUUGCUCAAUUUACAUUAUGUCCGGAAUGGCACUAACCGCAAUGUCAUUCAAUGUUGUUCACGAUGAAAUUGUACAUAGAUUAAAACACCAGCAAAAGUCAGUCCCGAAACUAAAUUCAGUCAGUUUUUCCGAUGAUCUCAACAUUAACGACCCAUACAACUUAGCGUCAUGACAAUUUAAUCCCCAGAAGAAUUCGACUUUCUAUCAUAGAAAUCUUACGGAAGAAACUCUACUCAGUACUGGAACACCAACGUCUGUUAUAGAUUUGGGUCAUGAAUUGGUUCCUGUUACUGUGGGUACUAAAAUGCCUGAAGUGAUCGAUGGUAGCGUACUAAUGACUGGCGUGUACACUUUACCUGAAGAGCCAGAAAAUGAAGAGAACUCGGAAGGAAACACUCAGAUGUAAAAAACUAACUUUAGGUUACCACUCGAAGAGUAGAUUUUAAAUAGUGAGAAAGUGUAGUAAAAUUGAAUAAAGAUUGCAAUGGCAAA